AGGAUAAUAUCUCAUGCUGAGAAGCGAGGGACCGGUGGUUAUCAUGGGUCCGAGUCAGAAUUAGAACGAGACGCAGCGACGAGUAUUCGGUUUAACAUUCUGUACAGGCGUCUUAUCGGAUUUCUGCUGAGUUGGCAGCAAAACGCACUUGUUGAUUAUACAGACGUAACACGACCAUACAAACACGUUAA